UCGACUCAUACUAAUCAUCAGCGGUGGCCUUUAGAAAGGCUGCCUAGACAAUUGGCUAGUACCCACUGGAUAGGAUAUGACAGAUUUUUGAGAAAUGCCGGACUCACAUACAACGGGGGAUAACUCGAGGGGGGCUUGCGGCCCUUUUCCUCGGUCGGUGUGGACACAUCCAUACUCUCCAGCGGAUGAUUUUGACAGACUGUGUGCAGAGAUAUGGAAGAGAGCCCAGCAGACGAAGAAUGGCGUGUGGUCGUUCUUGGAAAGAGUGGUCAAGCCGCGGGACCUGGACGAGGUGGCCCUCAUGAUCCGCCGAGAACACCAGAUCCUGCUGCGUGAGCACGCCACGGUUGCCCCCGACGCCCCUGCCCCCGGCGACAGCUGUUCCCACGGCGACGAGAUGCCAACGUGCGCCAGGGAGAGGGAGGCAGGCGCGGCAGCGGCGGCGGCAUCAGGGAGGAAGGAGGAGGUGCAGGAGGAGCAGGAAGUGAUGUCACAGGAGGAGAUGCAGUGCAGGUCCAUUGAGAAGUUCCUCAAAGGGUUUCUGAUCCAGAACAAGGUGAUGACGAAGGCACCCGCGCUGUCAGAGGAAGACUUCCCCCCACUGCCCUGCGCAGCCGUCCCCUGGGAUAGUCCCUCAGGACACAGGAAGCAGGCGAGAGGGCGGGCUGGUGCUGGUGCGGGCGCGGGCGCUGGUGCCAGUGCAGGAGCGGGCACAGCAGGCACAGCGGGCACACAGAGACCAGCUGCCCCCUCUGCCAGGGCGCCGCACUGGGGACCCCAGGACCCCGUUACCCCCUCCAAGACCCCCGCCCGAGGCCCUGCUCCAACUCCUGCCAGCGGUGCCAAAGAGGUGGCAAAGGAGGGCGUGCCGCGUGGCGCCGGUGAGCAGAGAGCGUGGUCGUCUCGUCCAGUGCAGCCGGUGUUGCCCAUGCAGCCCUCACAGCCCGUGCAGGGAGUCCAGCCCGUGGGCCAACCCAAGCCCCCCCAGACCCUCCCCGGUCAACCCCCCCAGCCCUCCCCGGCCCAGCAGGCUUGGGGACAGAUACCCCCCUGGCCAAAGCCCCCGUCCACCCCACACAUGGGCCACUUCCCCCCCCUGCAGCCCCCCCAGGACCCCCUGCGCCGACCUCCCUCUCAGCCCGCACGCCACCAGCCCAACCCCCACCCCCACCCACACCCACACCCCUACCACCAGAACCUCCAUCACCAGAACCACCACCAGAACCUCCACCCUCAGCCGAGUUUCCCCCCCAUGCAGCAACAACAACAACAUCUGCAGUUGCCCCAGCAACAACAACAACAUCAGCAGUUGCCCCAGCAACAACAUCAGCAUUUGCCCCAGCAACAACAACAUCAGCAGGUGCCCCAGCAACAACAUCAGCAGUUGCCCCAGCAACAACAACAUCAGCAGUUGCCCCAGCAACAACAUCAACAGUUGCCCCAGCAGCAGCAGCAGCAGUUUGCCCAGUUCCCCCCAAUGCCCACCCACUUCCGACCGCAGCAGUUGCCCCAGCCACCCCCACCCCCCCUGUCCUGCCCCCCCGGGGUGCCCCUCUCCCCCCAACAUGCGGCUCACCAGCACCCCCUACUGGGCAUGCACAACACCUACGUCAGCAUGGCUGCAGCCUCCCUGCAUGGAGCUCCGCCACACACCCUCAGAGCACCGCCUGGACUCGCCCACGCCCAGAUGGUGAAUGUACCCACGGCGGCCCAGCUGGCUGCCCUGGUGAUGCCCUACGGCCUGAUGCCCCAGGGGUGCCAGGGGGUACCCAGCGCCCCCCACACCACCGUGCCCCCGAGGCCCAGCCAACACACCAGCAUGGCAGGAGACGCACCGCCUUGGCACUGCCUACCCCUGCACAGUCUCUCCAGGCUACAGAAAUGACCCCUGUAGGAUGUUUCUUGGGUUCCAGACAGACAGCGCUGGAGAAACCACCUGCUCUACACUGCACUGCACUGCACUGCACUGCACAGCACAGCUCUCCUCUCCUCUCCUCCCCUCUCCUGUCCCCCUCCUGAAGUGUCUGUGUGUUGUCUGCUCUUCCCCAACUAAAGCAAAUCCUGUUAACACUU